AGCAGUCCAUCCCUGCUAUCACACACACAUCAUGGCGCACCACGACGAAGAGCACAGCUACCACCCCAAGGAUGCCAUUUCGGCAGCCAUGAAGGCCACCGCGCUGACCGGAAGCGUCGGUCUUUUCGCCGCGGCUGUCCAGAACACGCUCACCAAGCAGAACGUCGGAACUCUGGGCGUCUUCGUCCGUGGCGGUGGUAUCAUUACUACCUUUGCGGCCAUGGGUGGUACCUAUGAGUUCAUCAAGAGCGCUUCCGCCAACCUGCGCGAGAAGGAUGACCACUACAACGUCGCUCUGGGUGGCUUCUUCUCAGGUGCCAUUCUCGGUCUCCGAGUCCGCACACUCCCCGCUGUGCUCGGAUAUGGUAUCGCUUUGUCGACCGCCAUGACCGCCUUCGAGUACACUGGUGGCUCCCUGUUCGGAUACCAGAAGGACACAUCAGUGGACGAGUUCGACCGCCGGACGGCGUUGCGCAAGGCAUUCCAGACCCCCGGAGAGCAGACCAUCUCGGAAUUGGGUGAAGGACGUGGUAUCUACGGCCCUGGCUACGAAGAAAGACGCCGAGAGCGUCUCAAGGCGACUUACGGCAUUGAGGUUCCCACAUCCCCAGUCCCUGCAUCAUAA